AUGGCGGAACGGGACGCCUGGUUCAAAUUGAACAAGGCAAGACUCCUGGUCCGCGAAGCGCAGCAGUGGGCUGAUCGAGGGAACCGGCCUGCACUCUCUGUCGAUCUUUGUCAGGUUGACACUGACAUCUAUGAUGCCAUGGAGAAGUACCAUGUGAUCCCUCCCAGAAGACACCCAGCAAAUAAAAUGCAGAUCCGUGACUCUACCGGAAAACGCCCUCCCUGGGAGAAAUCGAUGCAAUUCACAUCAGAUGGAAAGCCUGUCGGUUCGCACGCAUCUUCGUUUAGCAGUAAUGCACGCAAUCCAUAUCCUCCUGUAAAUAAGCAGAGUGUGGCAGGUGUUCCCCCGGUUCCGCAGCAUCUUGCAGCCCCGACUGCCCCUAAGACAAUGGGUCAACAUGUUGUUGACAAUUCCCCGCGCCAGGAAGCUCUCGUUGACCUCGCCAAGGAUGUCGCUGUUGGUGCUGCUGACCUGACCAGGGAGGGCAAUACGCCGCCUAUGGAGAAGGAACCUCCAGUCAACAACUCUGAUGAGAAGGUCCCAUCGCCUGUUGAGCCUGAGUCGCAGGGCUCACUGAUCAGCUUCGAGUCUGACAGCGAUACCCACAGGAAGGUGACUUCCAAGAUGAAGAAGGCCCAGGUUGCCAAAUCCAAGCUUCGUCCCAGCGUUCCCGCAUUCAAGCCAUCUCAAGCCAUUCGAGGGACUUUGAUCUCCUUUGACGAUGAUGUUCAGAUGAAGCCCAUGGAUGUGGUCUCUAAGUCAACAUAUUCAGACCAGCAUGUCGACCAAGAUCUUCCAAGAGAAGGUCCAGCGGUUGAUUCAGGUCCAGGGGAAGCGAUGAGCUCCCCCCGGGUGCCAGACCAAGACAGCCACACAGUUCCUCGGCGGGAGGAUAUGGCUGUCAAGGUGAAUCUCGCAGCCUUGACGGGCCCUGAUAAACCCGCUGUGAACCAAAGCAAGGGCCAGAACAAGGUUCCCCAGCGGAACGUUCAAGAGAUCCUUGCAAUGCCCUCUCGCUCAGUGGGCACCCCCGAUGACCAUGGCCCUAGAGGCCUAGAAGCAGAGUCGACUGAUACUCCCAUGAACUUGCAAUCCUCUAGAGUCCGACCAGCUCUUUUCUCUGGUAUUGUAAAUCCCGAUUCCCUGAAGGCCCCUCAUCUAUUAGAUGGUGGAAGUGCUGUCCUGGCAAUUGUGGAUUUGAGCACCGCGAAAUUUAACCCUGAAGGCACACUAAGCUUUGAUGGACAGGCUAGCUACGGCGCUCUACAGAUGCACAGACUUUGUAGGCAAGAUUCGGAGGCUGGGGUACAUAGCGACGACUCGAACGAGACCUAA